UGCGCGGUUCAGCGGCCGGCGGCCUCGGCUCCGCGCGCACGCGCGGUCCUCACCUACGAACUCGCCGCGUCGAGGCCGCCAAACCCACAGCGCCUCCUAUCGGCCCUAGACUUAAUCACCAGUCUCGAGAGUUUUCUAACUUGCCACCCUCCAGUUUCUAGCGCCAGGUACCACCAGAAGAGACAGAAGGGCCCAGCCUCAGUUCCCGCAAUGGGCCAAGUGGAGUUCGAGCUGGCUUGCGCUGCUAUAAAGCAGUUGAAGGGACCUGUGAGUGAUCAGGAGAAGCUGUUGGUGUAUAGCUUCUACAAACAAGCCACCAAGGGCGACUGCAACAUCCCUGCCCCGCCUGCCACAGAUGUGAAAGCCAAGGCCAAGUGGGAGGCGUGGAACAAGAAAAAAGGGAUGUCCAAGAUGGACGCCAUGAGGGUCUACAUUGCUAAAGUGGAAGAACUGAGGAAAAAGGAGACUUGUUAAGGGGGACAAAAUGUCAAACAGGAUGAAAUACAAUAGCACAGCUCCUCUGGUAGGGAAGUGAAAUGGGCUUCAUAAAAGAUCUUGCUGGCUGAAAUGUCUGGAAACCGUAGCGACCAUGGCUGAGACAUCAAUAA